GCGGAACAGUUCUUAAGAGGAGGGUUCAAGAGUAAAAUGGAUAGAUCGGAGGCUAUUGCGAUAUUAGGAUUGAGAGAACCUAUAACAUCGAUCAGAUUGAAAGAAGCACAUAGGAGAUUAAUGCUUGCCAAUCAUCCAGACAGAGGAGGGGCACCGUAUCUAGCAGGAAAAGUUAAUGAGGCUAAGGCGAUGUUAGAGUGA